CCCACUCGCUCGAUAUUAUUAGCAUGAAGGUCAUAGUCAUCAUUCUUUUUUAGUGUACCUCCCAUUUAUUACCUUUGUCUUUUGCCUCCAUUCCUUCUCCAUCCACUAAAUACACUUUGCCUUGCUCCUCCUCCAUUCCCUCUUGUCACCGAAUUUUGCAGCUAUCUCUGAUCUCUACAUCCCUCCAUUAGGGUUUCUGGAUCCAUUGACGACUCACCCAAAAAAAAAAUUAAUUCAGUGUCCACAUCUUUCCUUUGCUAAGGCUACUUUAUCUUUGGAGGACACUAAACAACUUUUGAAAUAGCUCUAGCAAGAGAAAAGGUGGUUCCCUUUUUAUUCAUUUGAUCAAGAAACCUAAAUCACGAACAGUGAAAAUGGCUUCAUCCAGCUCCUACAAUUCUCCUUGCGCUGCCUGCAAGUUCUUAAGGAGAAAAUGCAUGCCAGGUUGCAUCUUUGCACCCUACUUCCCACCAGAGGAACCCCAAAAAUUUGCCAAUGUUCACAAGAUCUUUGGUGCAAGCAAUGUGACUAAGCUCCUUAAUGAGCUUCUCCCUCACCAGAGAGAGGAUGCAGUUAACUCUCUCGCCUACGAGGCUGAGGCACGAGUAAGAGACCCCGUUUAUGGCUGUGUUGGUGCCAUCUCAUUCCUUCAAAGACAAGUCCAAAGGCUCCAGAAGGAACUUGAAGAAGCCAAUACUGAUUUGAUACGUUAUGCUUGCAAUGAGAUUCCAACGGCUUUGCCUCCACAUCCCGAGGUAAAUCUAGUUCAACCAAAUAUGGCUCCAGCUCGUUCAAGACCAGUUGUGCCUAGCAGUAGAAUAAUUGGUAAUGAAGGAGGAUCAGGGUUUUAUCAACCACAGCAUGCUGUGUCUCUCCCUUACCCUCUUCCAUGGGAUGACACUUCCCCAGAAGGAAAUAUCAACACAGGAGGCCAGGACGGAAGUAUGUGAUGGAAAUAAGAGUACUGUCAAUAAGGAGGAGGCUUUUCUCUCUUUGGGGCAUCAUGGCCUGAAGAAACGCAAGCUCUUGGUAUGGUAUAUUAUAUAUUUAGCUCAGUUUUCUAGCCUGUUCGGGUUUAAAAAAAAAAAAAACCACCUUAGUUGUCUAGCUAGCUAGCUGCACAUGUACUCUCGUAGCUAGAUUACCAGCUAUGUUCUGAUGUUUCCUAGUAAUUAAUUUUGUGGGCUUUAAGUACUGCAUAAUUAUUCCGUUAAAACCAAGAAAAACACUGUGGGUGUUUCAGUGUCGAGCUCGGGACCUAAAUAAGGCUGUAGAACAUAGAGUACGGCGUGGCUAAAACUAUAGAUCUCUUGUUGUGUUAUUAGAGCAGCAAGCUAGCUAUGGCA